AUGAAAUAUAACAAUUUGGAGAAUGAUGAUAGUGACAUCCACAAUAACAACAAUAACAAUGAAAGUGAAGGAGAUAGUUUAAUUGAAUUGGAGGAAAUAAACUUAGAAGGUAAUAAUAAUAAUGAUAUUAAUAAUAAUAAUAAUAUUAAUAAUAAUAAUGAUAGUCUAGAUUAUGAAAAUAAUAAAGGUAGUAAAAAAAAGAACAAUAAAAAAUAUGUAAUAUUAAAUGAAGAAGAAGAUAUAAAUGAUAAAAAGGUAGAAAAUGGUGAGAAUGAAACAUCAUCAUUUACAUAUGGACAUGAUAAUGAGUUUAAAGAUUUACCACUUCCCAAAAAAGGAUUUGGAGGAUUAAAAUCAUUAGAAGAGAAUGCAAAUUUCUUAUCGAGUAUGACAUAUUUAUGGGCAGAUAAAUUCGUUUUAUAUUGUUUCAAAAAUAUUUUACAAUUGGAUGAAAUUUGGGAAUUAGCAAGUUAUGAUAAAUCAAGUUACCUAUUUGAUAUAAUGGAUAAAAAUUGGCAAAAUGAAUUAAAAAAUAGUAAAAAACCAAAUUUUAUGAAAGCAGCAUUUAAAUCAUUUGGAAAACAUUUUGCAUUAAGUUGGGUUCAUUUUGGAUUAAAUGUAAUUAGUCAAUUUAUUGGACCAAUAUUUUUAAAGAAAAUUGUUUCAUUCGUAAUUCAAUAUAGAGAGAAUCCUGGAUCAGUUGAUCCAAAUUUAGGUUAUUAUUAUGCGUUAAUUUUAUUUGUAAAUUCAAUGUUAGGUUCGAUAUUCCUUUAUCAAUCUAAUAUGAUAACUUCAAGAACUGGUAAUAGAUUAAAAUCAUUAAUUGUAUUAUAUGUUUAUAAAAAAUCAUUAAAAUUAACAAAUUCAAGUAGAUCAAAAAAAAGUAAUGGUGAAAUUGUAAAUUUAAUGAGUAACGAUGCACAAAGAUUAUUAGAGUUAUUUCAAAUGGUUAAUACUUUAAUAUUUGCAGUACCUAUGAUUAUAGUUUCAAUGAUAUUAUUAUAUGAUUGUGUUGGAUGGCCAUCAUUUGUAGCAUUAUUAGUUAUGGGUAUAUCAUUACCAUACAGUUUAAAUAGAGGUUCACAAUUAUCAAUCUAUAGAAGAAAAUUAGUUGGUUUCACUGAUCAACGUAUUAAAGUUGUUAAUGAAAUGUUUCAAGCAAUUAAAACUAUUAAAUUAUAUGCAUGGGAAGAUUAUUUCUCUCAAAAAAUGAUGUCAAAACGUGGUGAAGAAAUUAAAUUUUUAACACAAUUUGUUAGAUUUAGAUAUAGUUUAAUUGUUGUUGUUCAAUCAAUUCCAACAAUUAUUUCAAUAUUUAUGUUUACAGUUUAUUAUUUAGUUAAUAGUAAAUUACCAGCGGAUAAAAUAUUUGCAGCUGUUGCAUAUUUAAAUAUUAUUCGUGUUCCAUUCACUUUCUUACCAUAUGGUUAUAAUAUUUACAUUCAAUUUAAGGUUUCAAUUGAACGUGUUGUUAAUUUUUUAAAUAUGGAUGAAAUUAAUCAAGGUGAUGAUAAAAAUAAUGAAAUUAAUGUUAAUGUUUGUGAUCAACAAAAACAACAACAAACUGAUAUUGGGAUUUAUAUGGAUAAUACUACUUUUUCUUGGGCAAUUAAACCUCAAACUAAUCCACCACCACCAAGAACAACACCAAGUAAUGAUAAAAGUUCACCUAGUGGCAAUAAUAGUAAUAAUGAAAAAAAAGAAGUUCAAGUAUCAUUUUCAUUAAAAAAUACAAGUUGUCAAGUUAAAGAAAAAGGAUCAUUAUUAAUGGUAAUCGGACCAGUUGGUAGUGGUAAAUCAUCAUUUUGUCAAGCAUUGUUAGGUGAGAUGGAAUUAGAGAAUAAUGGAUCUUUAAGAGUGGUUGGUAGUAUUGCAUAUGUUUCACAGAGUGCAUGGAUUAUGAAUGCAUCGUUAAAGGAUAAUAUUCUAUUUGGUAAAGAGUAUAAUAAGGAGAGAUAUGAAAUGGUAUUGAAUUGUUGUGCACUUUUACCCGAUCUUGCAUUAUUCCCACAAGGUGAUCUUAUUGAGAUUGGUGAACGUGGUAUUAAUUUAUCUGGUGGUCAAAAACAACGUGUCGCAAUUGCACGUGCAGUUUACUCUGAUUCAGAUAUCUAUAUUUUAGAUGAUAUUUUAUCAGCUGUCGAUGCACAUGUUGGUAAACACCUUUUCUAUAAUUGUAUCAAAGGUAUUCUAAAGGAGAAAAUAGUAGUAUUAGCAACGAAUCAGUUAAACUAUUGUCCAUAUUCAACUCAAACUUUAAUAUUGAAAACUGGUGGUGAAGUCGAACAAUAUGAUACCUUUGAAAAUAUAAUUUCAACAAUCAAUUCUGCUUAUGGUAAUAGUAGUUUAUUCAGCGAACUUUUAAAACAAUAUGCUCACAUGGCUGGUGAUAGUGAUAAAGAUAGUGAUGAAAUCGUUGAUGAUGAAAUGAUAAAAUCAAAAGAAAACAACAAUGAUCUUUACGAUGGUAAAUUAACAACAAUCGAAGAAAGAGAAGAAGGUUCGGUAUCUUUUAAACAUUAUAUGUAUUAUGUAACUGCUGGUGGUGGUUUCUUAUUUUUAAUUGCACUACUUGGUUAUUGUAUUGAUACUUCAACUUCAACAUUUACAAAUUGGUGGUUAAGUAAUUGGUCAUCAAAACAUACAUCAACAGGUAUUAAUAAUAAUAAUAGUAGUAGUAGUAAUAGUAUUAGUAGUAGUAGUAGUUAUAUUAUUGAUAGUUUAAGUAGUUUAAAUAUAAAUGAAGAUGGUGAUAUUGAAAAUGCAGGUGAAUUUCUUGGAGUAUUUAUUGCAAUUGGUGUACUUACAGUUUUAUUAAUUAUUGUUCGUACAAUUGUAUUCUUUGAAUAUUCAAUUAGAGCAACAACAGAAAUUCAUAAGAGAUUAUUUUGGUCAAUUCUUAGAGCACCAAUGUGGUUCUUUGAUACUGUACCAUUGGGACGUAUUUUAAAUAGAUUUACAAGAGAUACCGAUAUUGUGGAUAUGUUGUUAACAAAUUCUUUAAAUCAAUUUUUAAAUUUUUCAACCAAUUGUAUAGCGAUUUUAGUAAUCAUAUCGAUAGCAACACCUUGGUUAUUAUUACCAAUGACACCAAUUAUAAUUUUAUUCUACUUUAUUCAAUACUUUUAUAGAAGAACUUCAAUUCAAAUUCAAAGAAUCGAAUCAAUUACUAGAUCACCAAUUUUCUCACAUUUUGCAGAGACAUUGAAUGGUGUGAUCACUUUAAGAGCGUUUAGAAAAAUGGGUGAAAAUGUUUUAAAGAAUCAAGCAUUGUUGGAUGAUAAUAAUAAAUGUUAUUUAACAUUACAAGCAAUGAAUCAAUGGUUAGGUUUACGUUUAAGUGUACUUGGUAAUUUAAUUACACUCCUUAGUUGUAUUUUUAUUACGGUCGAUCGUUCAAGUAUUGCAAUUGCAAGUGUAGGUUUAUCAAUUAGUUAUACACUUAGUCUUACAACCAAUUUAAAUAAAGCAACUCAACAAUUGGCAGAAUUAGAAACUAAAAUGAACUCUAUCGAAAGAAUUAGCUAUUACACUGAAAAUGUACCACAGGAACCCGAUCAAAUCAUUGAAUCAAAUAGACCACCAAUGGGUUGGCCAUCACUUACAAAUUCAAAUCAUACUCCACCCAUCAUUUUCGAAAAUGUUGUAAUGAGUUAUCGUCAAGGUUUACCUGCAGUAUUGAAAGGUAUUUCAUUUGAAAUUAAAGCAGGUGAAAAGAUUGGAAUUUGUGGUAGAACAGGUAGUGGUAAGAGUAGUUUAUUGUUGGCAUUGUUUCGUAUCGUAGAGUUAUCAAGUGGUAGAAUUAUCAUUGAUGGCCUUGAUAUAUCAAAGAUUGGUUUAAAAGAUUUACGUAGUCAAUUGGCUAUUAUCCCUCAAGAACCAGUAAUGUUCACUGGUACUCUCAGAAGUAAUUUAGAUAGUUUAUCAGAGCAUACAGAUUCAGAGUUAUGGGAUGUCCUAAAAGAGAUUCAGUUAUAUGAACAUGUUAAAAAGGUAUCGGUCGCUGAUGAGGGUUUAGAUCUUAGGGUUAAUGAUAAUUGGUCACAAGGUCAAAAACAACUCAUUGGUCUUGGUCGUGCAUUAUUAAAGAAACCUAAAAUUUUAGUAUGCGACGAAGCAACAGCAAGUGUCGAUUCUCUAAGUGAUGAAUUAAUUCAAAGAAUUAUUCGUGAAAAGUUUAAGGAUGCAAUCAUUUUAACAAUCGCUCAUAGACUAAACACCAUUGUUGAAAGUGAUAGAAUUAUGGUUUUAGAUUCUGGUUCAAUCGUCGAAUUUAAUAAACCAUCAAUAUUGGCUCAAAAUGAAAAUAGUUUAUUCAAUUGGUUAAUUGAUGAAACUGGUACUCAAAACUCUCAAUAUUUAAGAUCUUUAAUCAAACAUUAA